AUGACUGUGCGCCAUUAUAAAGAGCCGUUAUCAAAAUGGCGGCGCGCGACUAGCGACCAGACGGCCGUUCAGAGCUGUAAAGACUUCGAGAAAGUCGGUGCUACGAUAGCUGUGACUCCCUGCGAUGUGGUUGAAGAGGCUGACAUCACCUUCUCGUGUGUAGCGGACCCUCAGGCGGCCAAAGAGAUGGUUUUCGGCAACUGCGGAGUGCUGCACUGUCCUACCUUGGAGGGCAAGGGUUACGUGGAAAUGACUUCCAUAGACGCCGAUACUUCACACGACAUAGUAGAGGCGCUUGGGGGAAAGGGAGGGAGAUAUCUGGAAGCACAGAUCCAAGGCUCCAAAACCCAGGCAGAGGAAGGCACUCUCAUCAUUUUGGCGGCCGGAGACCGCUCGCUGUUCGAUGACUGUCAGUCGUGCUUCAAGGCGAUGAGCAAGAACUCCUUUUACCUCGGUAGUGAGAUUGGCAACGCGUCCAAGAUGAAUUCAGUUCUCCAGGUGGUUGGCGGCGUGUCUCUUGGCGCGCUGGCCGAGGGCCUGGCGCUAGCGGACCGAGCAGGCCUUAGUCAGGCUGAUCUACUGGAUGUACUGGCGCUAACACCGCUCGCCAGCCCGCACCUUAUACUUAAGGGACGAGCCAUGAUCGAGUCGUCGUAUUCGACCCACCAGCCUUUGAGUCAUAUGCAGAAGGACCUCAAGCUAGCUCUUGGUCUUGGAGACGCGUUGGAGCAAUCUCUACCACUCACAGCAACCACCAACGAAAUCUUCAAACACGCCAAGCGACUAGGCUACGCAAACCACGACGUAGCCGCUGUAUACAUACGCGCGAGGUUCUAA